AUGUUGCUACUAUUGCGGCCGGACCACCUGGGGCUUGAUGCAACCUCACCCUGGAAAACCCGCUUUGUCCGCGUUUGUCACCCAACUGCCGCAGCUGAGCAUCUUGCCGCGGUGGACCAUAUUGUCAAGUGGUUUCGCGGUCACGUUUGCCUCUACUACGGGAGCGAUUCUGUCCAGUGCGUCCGGGCAGGGCAGCUGGGCGAGCCGACGCGCCUCGUGGACCUGGAUAUUUCUUCCUGGAAGCCCCCUUGCGGUCCACUUGCAUGUGGGUUGGCGUCCGACAGAGUUCUCAACGACCUCGACGCGGUUGUUGGACAGGACCCUGCUCCUCGCAUCGCCAAGCCAAUUGCCAUGACGCUGAACACAUUGCGGCAGGAUGCAAAACGCGCCGCCAAAGAGCUCGCGUUCAGAUCCCAGUGCGGCAUCGUGGACGGUCAUAGGGGGGAUGCUCACGGCAAUGACCGUGAGAGGUCGCAAAAACACCCCGCUGGAUCCCGCGUGUCCGGACGUGAUAACAUCGCCCUCAACACAGCUCUUACACUCGCAAACACAGGGGUGGGGGACCAGGGGAAACCGGACAACAAGGAAGAGGGCUCGAGCUCUGACCGCGACAAGGAUGCCCCUGUUAACGUGCCGCAGGGUGGAGAUGACAACAAUGAAGAGGAGGCAGACGAGGCAGAGGGUCAGGGUCGCGGUCAAGACGAGGCAGAGGGUCAGGGUCGCGGUCAAGACGAAGAGGAUGCCGCGGAGGAUCACCAGCGCGGUGAUCUGGAGCUGGAGGGUUCGAAAGAAAUGGAGGAGGAAGAGGACCACGAAGUUGAUGAGGAAGAGGAGGAGGAGGUGGCAGAAAUCACGGCCAACAAUUCCGGGCGCGCGACCCCGUUGGGCGAGUUUGCGGGUAAGAGUCCGGUCUUGGGCAAGCGGAAACACUCGGAGCUGGUGAAGAUGGCUCUUGAGAAGCUGGCCGCGGAGAUCCUCCAUUUGAACGAGCAGCUGAAAAAUCAGAUGCGCAAGCUGGAUGAGGUCGCGUCCGCGGUGCCCGGUGCUGAAUUUGCAGUGGUGAUCACGCAGAAGUACGAAGAACUCAAGGCCACGGUGGAGAAGGUGCUAACCCACGUGCAGAACACAUACCGGGUGAUACGAAGGGAAGCCAAGCUGGCCGCGAAGGAAAGGGCGGAGAAUCACGACAUGCGGGAGGUGCUGAAACGCGCUCCGGUACGGUUGGAAGAUUGCGCGGGGAGCAAGAAGGGGGUGGUUGUGGACUCCAUGGAGAGAGCCCAGAAGAAGCUCACGGACGAGGUCACACGGAAGAUAGACGGCGCGUCAUCCAACAUCGAGUUUGCAGAGAAGGAGGCAGGGAAGAUGGCCGCGGAGAAGGAGGCCGGGAAGAAGGCCACGGACAAGGAGACAGUGAAGAGGGCCGCGGACAAGGAGACAGGGAAGAGGGUCGCGGACAAGGAGGCAGACCCCGUCGCCGCCACCUACGGCCCCGUCGCCGCCACCUGCGGCCCCGUCGCCGUCACCUGCAGCCCCGUCGCCGCCACCUGCGGCCCCGUCGCCGCCAUCUACGGCCCCGUCGCCGUCACCUGCGGCCCCGUCGCCGCCACUUGCGGCCCUGUCGCCGCCACCUGCGGCCCCGUCGCCGCCCCCUGCGGCCCCGUCGUCGCCACCUACGGCCACGCAGCCGCCACAUGCGGCCCCGCCGCCACCUGCGGCCUCGUCGCCGCCACCUGCAGCCCCAUCGCCGUCACCUGCGGCCCCGUCGCCCUCCCCUAG